AUGGUGCUUGAUAUGGAUUUGUUCCGUGAAGAGAAGGGUGGAAACCCCGAAAUCAUUCGUGCUUCGCAGAGAAAUCGCUACAAAGACCCCGCCUUAGUUGACAAGGUGAUUGAACUGGACCAAGCUUGGAGGAAAGGUGCUUGUAAGAUUACAACUGUUUUUGAGUUAAUCUUGAAAACUUAUUUAGCACGAUUUCUUCUUGAUGUCUUCAAUCGCCAGAAGAACGUGCUUAGCAAAGCAAUUGGUGAAAAGAUGAAGGGUCUGUCUGUAACGCAGAUAAAGAAGCUGCGCAUGAUUUUGGAUGAGAAAAUGGCUGAAACAAAGAUCUCAAUGGAGAAACUAGAAACGGAACGCCAUCAGAAUUUGAUACAGAUAGGAAAUAUUGUCCAUCAUAGCGUCCCAGUUUCUGACGAUGAGGAAAAUAAUCGGGUAGAACGUACUUUUGGUGAUGUUACGAGAAAGAUGAAAUAUUCUCAUGUUGAUCUGGUUGCUAUGAUUGAUGGUUUCGACGGAGAUCGUGGAACAACAGUGGCUGGUGGACGCGGUUACUUCUUAAAAGGAGCGCUUGUAUUUCUUGAGCAGGCAAUAAUCCAACUGGCUUUACAAAAAUUAGGAGAAAAGGGGUUCACUCCACUCUAUACACCAUUCUUCAUGCGUAAAGAAGUGAUGCAAGAAGUUGCACAACUAAGCCAGUUUGACGAAGAGUUGUAUAAGGUUUGUGGAAAAGGCUCUGAAGUAGUUGGUGACAAUACAGUCGAUGAAAAGUACUUGAUUGCCACCUCAGAACAACCAAUAGCUGCUUUCCAUAGAAACGAAUGGAUCAAA